GUGAUCAAAAAUAUUAUACACGCGUUGCACUAGGCGCUUAUUCGAAUCCUAUGGUUUGUGUUCAUAAAAACUUCCGUUGCAUAUUGGUACUUGAUGAAAAAAAUGUAGACUUUGCAGAUCCGCCACUUCUAAACCGAUUCGAAAAGCAAAAAAUGUCAAUCAAUGAUAUCUUGAAUGAUGAUAUGAAAAGAAUGGUAGAGGAGCUUGCAAAUUGGACAAAACAUAUAUCAUCAUGUGUUAAAGAAGAUAUGUCUUUUCUAGAUUUUAACGAGCAUGACAUUUUUGUUGGAUUCAAUAAAGAAGAGACGUUACAAAGCUUGGUUAUUCUUAACAGCAACAAUUUGCAAAUAAAAGAUGAAAAGGAUAUUCUUGACAAAUGUAAAGAACAAUUAUUAGGAAUUGCUUUAUCAGAUGGAAUUGUGCGAUCAAAAAGAUCAAU